GAGAGGGAGGAGGCGGUGACUGAGCGGAAACACGUCGAGACUCAGCACCGAGGGGAGCGACAGCUCCUCGGCUUCUGGAGACUCCUCUCCGCUGCUGCUGGAGGGUCAUUGUUCAGACUGGAGGGUUCGACGGGCUGCCUUUUAUUUAUUUGUACACUAUCUGAACGGAGAGGCGGACCCCCAUGGUUAGCUCAGCGACAAUGGAGGAGUUUGUAACCGAAGAGGAAGAGCCGUGGUACGACCAGCAGGAUCUGGAGCAGGAUCUGCACCUGGCAGCCGAGCUGGGGAAGACUCUGCUGGAGAGGAACAAGGAGCUGGAGGAUUCCCUGCAGCAGAUGUACAUCACUAAUGAGGAGCAGGUGCAGGAGAUUGAGUACCUGACCAAGCAGCUGGAGGUUCUUCGGGACAUGAACGAGCAGCACGCUAAAGUGUACGAGCAGCUGGACGGGACGGCCCGAGAACUGGAGCGCACCAACCUCACGCUAGUGACGGACAGCAAAGCCUCUCAGAUAAAGAUCGAGAGGCUGACAGGAACUACCGAGGCUUUGCAGAAUCAGGUGGAGCUUCUGUCAGCGCAGGUGGAGCAGCUCCGCUCCAUGGAGCAGCUCCGGGUCAAGAGGGAGAAAAGGGAGAGGCGCAAGACCAUCCACUCCUUUCCCUGCCUAAGGGAGCUCUGCACAGCGCCCAGCUAUGAGGAUGAGUUUGUGGUGGGCAGGGCUGAGAGCUUCACUCUGGAGGCCAAACGUCCCCCGUUUGAGGAGGAGAACCAGCGCCUGCGGGAGGCGGUGUCGGCCCUGAGAGCAGCCGUCCGGACCGAGAGGGGUCGGAGGGAGGGGGCGGAGAAGGAGUGCAACCUCCUGAUUGCUGAGUUCUCACGUCUACAAACUCGAGUCCAGGAUGCGGAGAGUUGCCAGUCGAGGGUGCGGGAGUUGGAGGUGGAGCUGCAGGAGCUGCAGCAGCUACGUCGUGCUCGGACUUUCCUCCUGAGCAGCGAGGAUGACGGCGUGGCUCUGACCCAGACCGUCCUCAGCAUCGCCCCAGAAACCGACACCUUCCUGGAGGUGGAGGUCGGAGAGACAGGAGGAGGUGUGAGGGAGGAAACCGAAGGUGGAGGAGGUGUCGGUGGUGAGGCGUUACCAGAGUCCAGCCCCGUGAGGAAGAGCUGCAGUGACACGGCGCUCAACGCCAUCGUAGCCCGGGACGCGUCCGGUCGCAGGAGAGGCAGCUACGCCCUCCAUGCCAACAGCGUGAGGAAGAGGGGGAUGUCCAUCCUCAGGGAGGUGGAUGAGCAGUACCACGCCCUGCUGGAGAAAUACGAGGAGCUGCUUGGGAAGUGCAGGAGGCACGAGGAGAGCCUGUGUCAUGCUGGGGUCCAGACAUCGCGACCCGUCUCCAGGGACCCAUCCAUGAAAGACUGUGCCAUGGGCCCCACCCCGGCACCUCCUCCCACACCCACCCAGUCCCCCUCCACGCCUGAAGCCAUCGAGAGCAUCAGCAAACAGGUGGAGGCGGUGGAUAAGCGGCUGGGGCAGAACACUCCGGAGUACAAGGCCCUCUUCAAGGAGAUCUUCUCCCGUAUCCAGAAGACCAAGAUGGACAUCAAAGCCACCAAAGCUGCCAAAGCUAGCAAGUCAGGCAAAUCUGGCAAAUCCAGUAAACCGUAAACACCUCCGGUCGCCUCGGCAACACACCGCUACGUUACUCUUUCAGUGUUAAACGCUUGGAUUAGUGAAGAAGGAGCCGUUCACAGCAGAUCAGGUCCAGUCAGGUCAGGUUAGCAUGCAGUCACCUCUGAAGCUUGUUCCUGAUGCUUUUCCUUCUCCUCUGGUGUAUUCAGCUGCUGCAGUGGGCCUCCAUCAUGAGCUACAAGAUCAAAAAACCUGAAAAACCGCCUCGUUUUGGUGGGAAAUCUAAAACUAAGUGUGCUGUUACUGACACUCAGUCUAAGUCGGAUCCCAUCACUGCUAACAGAUUAGCCGUUUGGUUCAUUUAGCUAGUCAGCAGUAUUAGAAAAAAUAAAUAUUACGAUUACCGUCUGAGUUUUGUGAUCAAAAUGCCAACAUGUUCCCAAAUGUCGUCCAACAGUCCAGUGGCUCAGAUCAGAUUCAGCUGGAUUCAGUCUUCUCUCAGGACCAGAUGGGCCCACAUGAGGGUCAGAUCACCACUCUCACCUGCCUUUAUAAGCUUGUGACCUCUGACCCUUUAAGAUUUUACAUUUGUUUGCAUGUGUGAGAGUUUGAUGGAAAGAGGAACACCACCUUACUCCUCGUCUGGGUUCCUGUGGAGGAUCACGGCGUAGGGAGACAGUAUCUACACAGGUCACCAUGGUCUGUGUGGUUUAUAAACUCGGUUGUAAAAACUGAUCACUGCUUGUGAGCCCUCUGUUAUUUCCUCUUUAGUGUUGACUAAAUAUCGCUGCCAACAAACAGCUAAGCAGGCGUUCGGAGGUGUUUCUGAACUCAGCUGAAAACGGGGAACUACUAUUAGAUGGUUAAAGAUGGGGAUUUGGUCUUAAUCCGUGUGAAAGUGAAACUAGCUUAGAGAUUUUCAAUGUUGCUCUCACAGUAUUCCCUCUGGCUGUCUCCUUGAGGCUGCCGCCUUCUCCUGGCUGAAGGAGAACUUUCCUGCAGCCCAGCAGACCUCUGGUGUCUUAUUCCAGAACAGCUGAUGUAGAACCAGAGAGAGUGGGUCAGUAACAGAAAUGUGGAGAUGAGUUUUGUGAUGCUGAUCUGAAUCCUGUCAACAAAUUCCUUGAUCAGGACCCCGCUCAGAUCAGGACAUCCCCAGUAAUUUAUCUCAACUUUACAGAGCCUGUGUCGUGCUAUUUUACACCUCCCAGAGCGACGGUGGGAUGUCUGCUCCACUCGGAAAUAAGAUGCUUUGAAUCAGUUAAGUCUCACCUCCAACCGGGUGAAUUCCACAUUAGUACGCAGCUGCAGAGCCAGAGACCGCACCGCUGGGGGGGGGGGGGGGG